UAAAAAUAAAUAAACUUAACUUGUUCAUUUACCACCAUUCUUUUCAAAAGCAUGAUUUUCUCUAUCUAAACUGGAAAACGGGUUGGGCAAUGUGACAUACUAAAGGUUUUUUCUUGUGAUCACACGCACUGUUGUUCCUUGUUGUUGCCUGUGAUUUGCUUCAAUACUUCCUCUCAUCUCAUCUCCACCACUGCUUUAAUUUAUUUCUUUCUUUCUCUAUAUAUAUACAUUGCUUCUGCUGCCCUAAUUCUUCUCCACCUAAUCUCAUCUCAUCUCAUGUGCUAACCCAAAGCUCAGGCUGAGACUACACGAUCAAGCAAGAAAAAAAACCUGAGACAGAUGUUGAUGAUGAAGAAGAAGAAGAGCACUUCAAUGAUUGUGCUUUCUGUUCUUGUGUUGCUUCCACUGUCCGUACAUGCAAGGAGCAUUGGCAAUCUGCAGUCUCCAUAUAUUGAAGGGAAUCAAGUAGAAGCAGGGAGGGAUUCAACAAUGGCAAAACCUGAUCAACACUACUACUACUACUAUAGUGUAGGCAUGAAGCCAUUGAUCCAUACAAGGGCAGAAACAACCCUCAAGGUAGCCGGAUCGAGCCUACCGGAUUGCAGCCACGCCUGUGGAUCUUGCACCCCAUGUAGGCUCGUCAUCGUUGGCUUUGUUUGCUCCUCCAUCGAAGAAGCCGAGACUUGCCCCAUGGCCUACAAGUGCAUGUGCCACAACAAGUCCUAUCCUGUUCCAUGAUAUCACAACUUUAUUCAUAUUCACAAUCCAUUGAUUAAUUUCUUUCUUUCAUUAUGCCUGCCUGCCUGCCUGUUGCUUAGCAAAGAGAUCUUGAUCUAGUUUUUAUAUUUUCUCAAAAUACAAGUUGUUGUUGCCUUUCCAUUCUUGUUAGAGAUAUCCUGUUGAUUGCAAUGAACACAAGCAAACCUCAAACUGGCAACAAUGGCAACACAAAUCGAAAUGUGAGUAUGAACAAAUCAAUAUUUCCCUCU